CGGUGGCCGACGAGGUCCGGCAUGGAGCAUGUAGAACGCUGCGCGUGGAUCCUCAGGGGGACGCUGGUGCGGGUGGCCGUUCGGCGCUACUUGCCGUGGGCGCUGGUGGCGUCCAUGCUGGUGGGCUCCCUCCUCAAGGAGCUCUCCCCGCUGCCCGAGAGCUACCUCAGCAACAAGCGCAACGUCCUCAACGUGUAUUUUGUCAAAGUGGCCUGGGCCUGGACCUUCUGUCUCCUCCUGCCUUUCAUUGCCCUCACCAACUAUCACCUGACGGGCAAGGCUGGCCUGGUCCUGCGGCGGCUGAGCACCCUGCUAGUGGGCACUGCCAUCUGGUAUGUCUGUACAGCCAUCUUCUCCAACGUUGAACACUACACAGGCAACUGCUACCAGUCACCAGCCCUGGAGGGGAUCAGAAAAGAGCACCAGAGUAAGCAGCAGUGCCACAGGGAAGGAGGCUUUUGGCAUGGCUUUGACAUCUCAGGUCACUCCUUCCUGCUGACCUUCUGUGCCCUCAUGAUUGUGGAGGAAAUGGCUGUGCUGCAUGGGGUGAAGACGGACCGAAGCCACCACCUCCACACUGCUAUCACCACCCUGGUCGUCGCCCUGGGCUUCCUGACCUUCAUCUGGGUGUGGAUGUUUCUGUGCACUGCCGUUUAUUUCCACAACCUGUCCCAGAAAGUAUUUGGCACCCUGUUCGGUUUGCUGGGUUGGUAUGGGACCUAUGGAUUUUGGUAUCUGAAAUCUUUUUCCCCAGGACUACCUCCCCAGAGCUCCAGUUUGAAUAUGAAGCAAGCCAGUUAUAAGAAAUAAAAGAGAGACAAAAGGAGUGACAGCAGGACAGUGGCUAAUAUAUUUUUCAUUUAUCUUUCUCAGUUAUUUGACUAAAUUAUUGUUCCUACAUCAGAGAGGAAGCUUACCAGGCAGUUUUGGUGGGUAGUGAUGGAGUCUGGGGAGUGAGUUCACUGUUCUUGGCAAUAUCACUCUGUGUCACAAGCACUACCAUGUCCAGUUAGGCACUUUUUGUCCCUGGCAAGACUUGACCCUUUUGUCCCUAGAGGGCACUAGGGCUCAGAAUCAGGGAAGUCUCUUUUGUGUGGCUGACGGGGAGGCCAGGGUCUCAGGACUCCUCUGAUUCUAGUUGUCUUUUGUUUUCAGGGCUGUUAAUGCUAUUAUUUAACAGUAUUUCCCUCUGGUCAAAAGAACCAACUGUUGCCUGGUUUUAGUAUUUGUUUUAGCCGUGGAAUGUUAAAUAUUACAAGUGACUUGUGAUUAGCUACCAAAACUCUUUAAUUGGAGUGCAUCUCAGACUGAAUAUUGGGUGAUUUUCAUGUAAUGAAUAGUGAUAAUUUUCUGUCGUUGCUGCCUAUUAUAUUUUGGUAUUUGGAGCAAUAAGAUUAUCUUUUUUUCCUUAUAAUUUGAGUGAAUGCUUUAUAGUUUUUAAUAACAACUAUGGCAUUUGUUCUUUAUCGACAGAACUCUUGAAAGUAAUUCACAAUUCCACUGCUGCACUUUGGCACGUGGGUGUAGAUUGCUUUGAGGUAUUUUUUUAGAACACUAAUUUUUAUAAACCAAACUCUUGACUUACGGUAUUAAACUCCACUUGGUGGGGCUGUUUUUUCUGUUAAGCAUAAAACCAGAAAGUUAUUUUGAUAAUAACUUGAUGAAUUUUAAGCUGAAUCAGAGUAAUUUCACAGAAUGUGUAAUUGGCUCUGGCUGGUGAGCUAAGUGGUUAGAGCAUCGGCCUGCAGACCAAAGGGUCUCA